AGUGACGAAGACCGCGCUUAUAACCCUUGCCGGGUUGCUGCCUCGUUGAUACGUAUGGGCGGAGGGCGGAGGCUGCGCUAUGAGUGAUGGGGCACCUUCGGCUUGUGUUAAACGUCCUGAUCGUACAAGUACUGCGGGGGGUUGCCGCCAUUUCUCCUCCAGGCUUCAGUGCGGCUUGUCCCGGGAACAUCUCUGUUGACAAAGGAUAUAAUGUAUCCGUAUUUAAUAACGUGCCCCUGAUUGGGAUUUUCCUGAUGACUCAAGAGACUCCGCAGAGCAGAAUGGCAUUAGAAGUCAUGAAUGGAAACGUAACAAAGUCGGCGGGUAACUUUGCGAUUGUCGGAGACGAACUCAUCCUCUUAAAUGCACAAAUGGGAGACGCGGGAUUGUACGACAUUGAACUCAAGAACGAAUGGAAAUGUCGCGUUCAUGUUCAAGUCAACGACCCCGCAAUACAUAGAGCCCCGGAUAUAGAUACCUCCGUUGUCCAAUCAGAAUCCAGUUCUGCUUCAUUAAACGGCGCAACAAGUUCCCACGUCGCAGUGCUAAUCUGUGGCUGGAUCGUCAUCUAUCUUAUAACAAAGGGCUGGUAGUAGUAGAACUGCAAUGAAAGAAUUCCCGCAUCCUCCGCAUUAUCUAUUUAAUGGCAGCCGGAGGUUUCCCUUUCCUCUGGAUCAGAUCGUAUAACAUGUUGGAAGUUUCAUUUUAUAAAACUAAAGGGGACAUGUAGCACUUUAAUGGAUAACACUCAUAGUGAAUGGAGCACAUACAUCAUACAUUUUUAAAAAUGACUAUUUUUGGAGGUACCAAUAGCUCCACCCUCAGAAAGAUUAACUACACAUCCCUGUUGGCUCCACUUAGCUGCUGAUUUCUUCUACUUUGAGGUGUAUAUUGGAUAUAUAUAAUAUAUAAAAUUAACUUAUUAAGCUCAUUUGACUAUGUGGGUGUUCAGCUCAAAAAUCCUUCCCCUCUAUAAAGCACCUGGGGAUGGAAAAACUGUGACUGUUCUGACUCGAGACCUCCCCAGAAGGCUUUGAGACCUCCCCAGAAGGCUUUGAGACCUCCCCCGAUGGCUUUGAAGUCCUCCCCCGAUGGCUUUGAAGUCCUCCCCCGAUGGCUUUGAAGUCCUCCCCCGAUGGCUUUGAAGUCCUCCCCCAAUGGCUUUGAAGUCCUCCCCCGAUGGCUUUGAGACCUCCCCCGAUGGCUUAUCCUUGGAGACAUCGGUGCCUGGGUUGAUGACAAACUCUCACGGUUUGGGCAACUGACUGACUGCUGUGGGACUGACACAAGCCGUAACACACACAGGGCCACAUUCAGGCCAUAAAAAAUAUCAGUCCAACUUGCAGCGCAGCAGUAAAGUGUACCAGAAUUGUGACUUUGACUGUGGCUGGCUAAUUUUAUCCUUUAUAUAGUGUCCUCAUAUUCCUCAGCACUUUAUUAGGUGACCCAGGGGCUUUCCUACAUUUUCCAUCCCAUAUUACUAUUGGGAGAUGUGAACAGAGUUGUUGUAAAUGUAAUUGCAGUUAAUGGCAGUAUCUUUGUUCUUUGCACUAUGGGGUCUGACCCAAUGUAAGGGAAAACACCAAUGAACAGACCUGGAAGCACCUGUUCAAAGGGGUUGUUUGCCUUUAUCUUAAUUUUUAGUGUUAUGUAGAGAGUAAUAUUCUGAGAUGAUUUGCAGUUGGUCUUUUUUUUUUUAAAAUUAUAUGUAUCUUAGUUAUUUCACUUUUUGUUCAGCAGCUCUCCAGUUUGGAGUUUCAGCAGCUAUCUGGUUGCUAUGAUCCUGAUUACCUUAGCAACCAGGGAGCGGUUUGAAUGAGAGUCGGGUAUAUGAAUAGAAGAGGCCUGAAUAGAAAUAUAAGGUAUAAAAAGUGACAAUAACAAUAAAACUGUAGCCUCACAGAGCAAUCGUUUUCUGGGUCACUGACCCCCAUUGGAAAGCCAGUUAGAAGGCAAAUAAUGCAAAAAUUAAUAAUAAGGACCAAUCGAAAUUCUGUAAUGUAAUUCUAAGCAACUUUCCAAUAUCAACUUAUUAAUAAUUUCAUAUGCCGGACCUUUGGCCUUUUGUUUGUUUCUCUUGUUUAUUUUUCAUCUAUGAUUGUCGUAGAAGACUGUACAGUUGCACAUUACAUUGUGGAACCCGUAUUUAUGUCACUGUACUGUUGCACCAAGGCAUUGGCUGUUGUAUGAAGAAAGAUUUAUAAAAUAAACAAUAAAUAAAACAAUAAACCUUUA